CUCUUCUUCUUUUUGACCUUUUGCGUUCUUCUGUUCAACAAUGGCGCUCCGUAGAACCCUAGCACAACGUCUCUACAAAGUAACCAAAAUCUCAACCCCAAGCAAUACCCUAUCACAUUCUCCUUUUUCUUCUCCGUCAUCUGAACAACCUUUAAUCCCUCCCGAUCCUGCUAAGGAUGGAUUUUUCCGGAGAUUUAUUCAUAAGAGAACGAUUAUCCAGUCCCUGCCUCUUGGUGAGAAGUUGAAGGAGAUCCUAAAUGGGAUGAACUCUAGCGGAGGAGAUCGUCUCCGAUUGGAUGGAUUGAAUCCUCCUCCGGCGACGACAUCAGCAGUUACUCCCAAACAAAUUUCAAUUUCAGUUGAGGACACGACAAAUUUGUUGAGGCUAUUGCGGUUGAAGAUGUUGAGAACGAAAUUGAGAAGCAUUCCAAAAAACUGCAUCUCAUAUUCAAAUUUUGUUCAUAUCUGCUCCGACGGUUGCUCAAGUCCCGAUCAAGGAUUGGAGUACGCGAAGACGUUGGAGGAAUCCGGAGCCGUCAUUGUCUUUGGAAAUAUUGUGUUCCUCCGGCCCGAUCAGGUAGCAAAAGUGGAGGAGGCCAUAAUUUCUCUAUCAAUGGACGAUCUCAGAAGAGAAGAACUAGAACAGAUGGAAAAGGAGAAAAUUGCAAUAGGCCAAAAAGCAAGAGAAGAACUAGAAGAGAUGGAAAAGGAGAAAAUUGAAAUCGACCAAAAAGCAAAUGACUUGGUUGGAAGGGAGAUAUGUAUUGUGCUGGGCUUCGUUGUAAUGCAAAUCGCGGCAUCCAUGAGGCUCACCUUUUGGGAGUUAUCUUGGGAUGUGAUGGAGCCAAUCUGUUUCCAUGUGACGGCCAUUUACUUUUUGGCGCGUUUAACCUUCUUCUUCAGGACAUCCAAGGAACCUUCUUUCCAACGGUUCUACGAGACCCGAUUUUUGGCCAAGCAGAAGCGGCUGAUGAAGAAUAAGAAGUUCGACAUCAAAAGAUUUGACGAGCUCCGCAGAGGCUGUUCAUCCUUUUCGUCUGCAACUCCUGGGUUCAAUCUAAGAAGUAUCAUUCAGGAAAUAGAAUAUUCUUCUCUAAUACGGUAA